AUUUUUGUUUAUUUCCUACUAUUUCAUAAUUUUAUGUAGAAACAUGUUAUAAUUUUAAAUGAACACAUUUUAUAAAUAUAAUCCAGUGUUGAAAACCAAAAAUGUUUCGAAAAAUAAUAGUUGGAAUAUCUGGUGGAGUUGACAGUGCGGUAUGUGCACAUUUACUUAAAGAAAAAGGAUUUUCUGUGUUGGGAGUAUUUAUGCGUAAUUGGGAUGAAUUAGACGAGACUGGACGUUGUUCUGGAGAAAAGGAUCUAGCCGAUGCAAACUAUGUUUGCAAUAAGAUUGGUAUCGACCUAAUUGAAGUCAAUUUUGUAAAGGAGUACUGGAACAACGUAUUCACGAAUUUUCUUGAAGAUUAUCAAAAUGGCCUGACCCCUAAUCCAGACAUAUUGUGCAACAGGCAUAUCAAAUUUGAUCACUUCUAUAAAUAUGCAUUGGAAAAACUAGAAUUCGAUGCUAUUGCAAUGGGUCAUUAUGCUAGAACAUCUUUUGGUCCAUACUUGGAAAAUUAUAAACCAAAUAAAGAUGUUCAUCUUCUUCAAGCCAAAGAUUCAUUUAAAGAUCAAACAUUUUUCUUAUCGAACAUAAGACAAAAAGCCCUUCGAAAAACAAUGUUUCCAAUAGGAGAAUAUACGAAAGGUGAAAUAAAAAGUAUUGCGAAAAACAUUGGACUUCAUAGAGUUGCUUUAAAGAAAGAAAGCACCGGGAUUUGUUUUAUUGGCAAUAGGAAUUUUAAGGAUUUUAUAAAAGAGUACAUUCAUUCUAAACCUGGUGACUUCAUCGACAUAGACACAGGCAAAGUAGUUGGACAUCAUGAGGGUUUUCACCAGUGGACAGUUGGACAGCGCUGUCGAUUGCAUUCUUAUCUCAAACCGUAUUUUGUUGCCGCCAAAGAUGAAUUAACAAAUUCCAUUCUAGUUGCAUAUGGCACCGAUCAUCCCGCCCUCUAUUCAAAUUUAGUUUACACACAGAAUCCUUCAUGGAUUUCCUCAGACCCUUUAAAGGAUCGCAACCAGUUCAGAUGUCAAUUCCGAUUUCAACAUACUAAACCUUUAGUAGAUUGUACAGUGGAAAAGCUAAACGAUGGUGGUCUGCAAGUCAGCUUAGAUAAACCGCUACGCGCUUUAACACCAGGUCAAUAUGGUGUCCUGUAUUUAGGAACCGAAUGCUUAGGCUGUGCCAGAAUUAUGACAUCGGAACAGAUGAAAAAUAAUUUCAAACAGUUUGCAUCGAUGCAAAUAUAAAGAAA